AUGGUGAAGCCCCUGAAGGGCGUGGUGGUAUCUAAUAAGAUGAUGAAGAGUGUGACGGUGAUGGUGGAGCGCAUAUACAAGCAUCCACGGUGGGGGAAGUACGUCAAGGCCAGGAAGAAGUACAUGGCGCACGACGAGAACAACAUGUGCGGCCCCGGCGAUAAGGUCCUCAUGGUCCACUCCAGGCCCCUCUCCAAGAACAAGAAGUGGGUUGUGACGGAGAUCCUUCGCAAGGAGCGGGUGUACGAUCACGACAACGUGGGCAAGCGGAAGGAGUUGCGCGUGUUCGACGGGGAUCUCGGACCGGCGAACGCGAACGCGGGGUCAUAG